CCGUGGUUGAGGAGGUCUAUAAAACCCAAGCCCCAAGCCAUUUGCCUUUGCGCGUUUCAUUGUUAGCAAAGCUCUGGCAAAAAUUUUCUAGAGAGAAAAAGUUCUUCCUUCGAUCAAACCAAGUUUUUAAGGCAAUAUUAUGGAUCUGAAGGCUUUCACCAAGCUCUCCAAGCAACUAGCGAAGGAGAGGAAGAAGAAGGAUGAGGGGCCUUCAACCCAGCAGCAUGUAGAUGCCUUCUUCAAGAAGGAUAAAGAGGCCGAGGGCCAAGUGAAGGAGGGUACCUCCAAGAGGGAUGCUGCUGCUGAUGCCGACACUGAUGCCGGGGGCUCCAGGCCGGAGGAGCUGAAGAGAAAAAACACCGGGAAGGGCAUUAAGCCUCCGGAGAAGAAGAAGAAGAUGAAUGGGGCCGCUGACAAGAAGGAAGCCCCCGUCUUCAUCGUUGAGGAACAUCCCCCCUCUGAGCUCCCGGGCGGGACGUCUGAGGUUCCAUGGCCCCGGGAAAGUGUGGAGUUCUCCAUCGCCAAGGGGACUGCCAUAAUGCACGGAACUCUGGACCCGAGGGAGUUCCUAUGGGGUGCAACUCCACCGACAGAUAAGUCAGUGCUGUCUCGGCAAAAGGACGGUGCCCUCAGCGCCAAGGUCCUCCAAGCUUCUGUCACUGCAUGCCUUGGCCUCGGUGAACUCCUCCAGAGGAUGGAGCAGACAAAUUGUUGGAUAAUUGAUACCCAUACUGUAUAAACGGG